CAGGCAAUCAAUGUAACAUGUCUCUGCCACGUUUUCUCCGCCGGCAUCGGCUAUCUUGGAAAAUCCUGACAUUUUUAGCCGUAGGUGCAUGCAUUGUCUACAUUUACAGCCGGUCCGAUGGAAAUGAUGCAGUUGUUAGUGAUGACAUGAUGAAAUUUCGUCGGGAAAGAUUUGAGAAAUAUCAAGAGUCAGAGGGAAGCCGUGUUGGUCCUGGAGAAAAGGGAAUGGGUGUCCACUUGACAGGUGCGGAAAAGGAGAAAGCAGAUUCUUUAUUUGAGAAGGAGGCAUUCAACAUCAUUGCCAGUGACAAGAUCUCCCUGGAACGGUCAUUGAAGGAUAUCAGGGACAGCGGGUGCAGUGCCCUAGUAUACCCUAAAGAUCUUCCAAAAGCGAGUGUGAUAGUUAUCUUUCACAACGAGGCUUGGACACCUCUUCUGCGGACUGCUCACAGCGUUGUUAACCGGUCGCCACCAGAAUACCUUCAUGAGGUGAUUCUUCUUGAUGACUUCAGUGAUAGAGCUGGUCUAGGUCAAGAGUUGACUGACUAUGUAGCAAAGACGUGGCCAGAUGGUGUGGUGCGUGUUGUACGCACCAAGGAACGAAGCGGGCUUAUCAGGGCCCGUCUAGCAGGGGCUCGUGCUGCGACGGGCGAUGUUCUGAUAUUUUUAGACUCGCACUGUGAGGCUGCACCUGGAUGGUUAGAGCCAUUAUUAGCUCGAAUCAAAGAAGACCGGACAGCAAUUUUGUGUCCUGAAAUCGAUAAUAUCGAUAAAGACACCCUCAAUUAUGGGGGAACCGGCUCAUAUUCCAUUGGGUGGUUCUGGUGGAGCCUUCACUUCGCCUGGAAAGGGAUUCCGCAACGGGAGGCUGAGCGUAGAAAGUCCUUGACUGAUCCAAUACGAUCUCCGACAAUGGCAGGCGGAUUGUUUGCUGCUGACAGGAAGUACUUUUUUGAGAUAGGCGCGUAUGAUGAGGGCAUGGAUGUAUGGGGUGGAGAAAACCUUGAAAUAUCGUUCAGGGUUUGGAUGUGUGGUGGAAAGUUGGAGUUUAUUCCCUGUUCCCGUGUUGGACAUAUAUUUAGAUCGAGUCAUCCUUACACAUUCCCUGGUAAUAAAGAUACCCAUGGGAUCAACUCCAUGAGACUUGCUGAAGUUUGGAUGGAUGAAUACAAGCGGCUGUUCUACAUGCAUCGAAGAGACCUAUCAUUAUCAGAUGCGGGAGAUUUAAGCGAGCGAAAGGCGCUAAGAGAGCGGCUUAAGUGUAAAAGCUUCAAAUGGUACCUUGACAACGUCAUUCCUGAUAAGUUUAUUCCCGAUGAAAACGUUCAGGCUUACGGCAUGGUACGAAACCCAGCCUCAAACCUGUGCCUUGACACAAUGGGCAAAGAUGAGAAGACAGUGUUCGAUAUUGGCGUGUUCUCGUGUCAGGGCGGGGCCAGCGCUAGCGAGGUAUUUUCGUUGAGUAAAAAGGGUGAAUUACGUCGUGAAGAUUCUUGCUGUUCCUCGGGUGGGGGAAACGGGGACAAGAUAACGCUAACAAGAUGUUUCGAUGAUAGUAAACAGAGGUUUACACACAGUAGGGAGACGGGAGUUAUAAAGCAUGAGGCUAGUGGGCGGUGUUUGGACAUCGCGGAUGAGCAAUCAGGAGGUUUUAUUUAUCUACGAGACUGUAAUGGCGGAGGUUCACAAAAAUGGGAGAUCGAGCACUAUUUGACUUUAUGAGAAUGUUUUAAUAGCUAUAAUUAAUAAUAAUUAAUAAUUUAAACAAAAUAAUUUCAUGUUUAAAUUAUUAAGGAUUAAAAUUAAUAUAUUGUUCAUAAUAAUAAUUAAUGAUUUAGUGUUUAAAUUAUUAAGGGUUUGCAUUAUUUUAAUUUUUCAUACUUGUGAUAGAUUUUGAUGUCAAGAUGAACAGAAAUACUUUAGAAUAGCUCUUCUAUGUAAAACACUAUCAGAUAAUAGGAGAAUUUGUGAUUUUUAUUGACAAUCAUGUCGUACAACCACUUUUUUGAAACUGUACCCCUGUCAUGUAAUGAUAUAUAAUUUGAAUACAUAAGACAAUGAUAACUUGAAUUUGCAAGGGAAACUUUCAAUUCAAUGUUUAAUUGCAAUAUAAUAUUGACCCAAAAUUCUUAUGAUACUUAGAUGUUUGAAGGAAAAAUGACUUUUAACUUUUCUGUUCUCAAAUUAUUAAGAUUAUAUACUUUUUAACACAAUGGGACCAUAGUUUAGAACUUUGUUAAAGUAAACAUCAUUCUUGUUAACUUUCAAAUCUGUAUGCUCCUGAAAUUUAAUAGAAACACUUAAUUGUGAUCUGCUGUAUUUCUAUGUAAAUUUGAGACAGCCUUUUAAGUCGUAUUUGUUUAUAUUCAAAUAUGUGAGAACAUCAUGAAAUAUAUCACCUAUAAAAGUUAACAACAAUGUCAUAAAUCAUGUUGUUAACUUUAAAGCUGCUAUCUCACAGGUUGAUAAUUUUGACAACUUUUCAAUUUUUUGUCUUGGAACGAGCCAAUUUAUGCAAAAAUGCAUGUGAACCAGGCAUUAUAAGACUGCUGACAAAAAAUUAUAAGACUGCUGACAAAAAAUUAGAUCGAAGAUUUUUAAAUUUAUAUUUAAGUUCAAAAAUUGAUGUUUUAUGCAUUUUUCUUGAACCGCUAGUAACGCUUUUAGCCAUAAAAUAAUAAUUUUCGAACAGAAAUAUGAAAAUCUGAGAUCUGAUCUUUUGUCAGCAGACUGUUAUCUCUGGUUUGGAGAUAUUUAUGCAAAUUUUGCUCAUUCCAAGGCAAAAAUAAAAAAAGUUGUAAAAACAGUAAAUCUGUGAGAGUGCAGCUUUAACAGUUGUCUGAGCAAUCGGCCCAAUGAUGACAAUAUGUGGUUGUAAUUUGUACAUGUGUAUUGUAAUUGUGCCAAUAGGCUUAACUGUCCUGCCACCUUUUGAAAUCCAGCUUGAUAUAAAACUGUAUUGGCUUCUCUGCCUUUUUAAUAACAAACAAUCCUGGUUUGUGAUAGCCUUGUAGUUAGCAACAUUGAUGUCAUCUAAUGCAGUCUUUAAGCAUGCUUUUAAACCUCCAAAUUAUUCACAUGAAACUUGGUACACAUGUUCAAUUUGCAAAUGGGUAGAAUGGUCCAUAACUAUGAUUUUAAUUAUCCCCCGUCAAAGGCAGAAGGGAAUAUAGAAAUGAUAGGUGUUUGUGUGUGCGUGUGCAUAUCGGCAAUCUUGUUUAACUUGAUAAGUCUUUGAGGUACUGACUUCAUAUACAGAAAGACCUCAUUUAGAAGAAGUGCAGUGCACAGGCACCAUAACUCUAGGUGCAGUAUAUUUUAAGUUAUUGCCCUUUGUUAAUUGUCAUAUGUAUUUUUUGUCUGGAGCAUUUAAUUUACUUCAAAGUCUUUAAAGUAUUGACUUCAACUUCAUAUUCAGUGAAUAAUUCACAUAUAACUCAUUUAGGAGUGCAGUGCUCAAGAACCAUAACUCUGAGUGAACAUUUUUGAGUUAUUGCCCUGUGUUAAUGUCAAUACUUAGUUUUUGUCCAGAGCUCAACAUGAAAAGUCUUUGAGGUAUUGACUUCAAACUUCAUAUACAGAUAGAUCUGACUGAGGAAAAGUGAAAUGCACAGGAACCAUAAUUCUGGGUGCAGUAUAUUUUAAGUUAUUGCCCUUUGUUAAUUUUCAAACAUAUUUUUGUGUCUUGAGCAUUAAUUCAAAGUCUUUAAGGUAUUUACUUCAAACUUCAAAUACAGACAGAUCUCAUUCAAAGAAGUGCAGUGCACAGGAACAAUAACUCUGGGUUCAGUAUAUUUUGAGUUAUUGCCCUUUUAAUUUGCAUACUUAUUUUUUGUAUGGAGCAUACCUUAAAAGUCUUUAAUGUAUAGACUACAAAGUUCAGAUUCACAUAUAUCUCAUUAAGGAGAAAUGCAGUGCUGAAAAACCAUAACUCUGAAUGCAUAUUAUGGGGUUAUUGCACACUGUUAAUUUUCAUACUUAUUUUUUGUCAGGAGCUUAACUUGAAAAGUCUUUGAGGUAUUGACCUAAAGAAUUCAUCUACAGAUAGAUCUGAUUACGGAGGAGUGCAGUGCAUAGGAACCAUAACUCUAGCUGCAGUAUUGGUUGAGUUAUUGCCCUUUGUUGAUUUUCAUUGUAAUCCUCUGAUGUAAGGCAGAGCUGAUGCUGUUUUUAUUUGGCGGGGAAUAUGGCAGUAUAUGGCUGCUCUUGUUAUUGUAGAAUUAUACCCCUUUUGAAAACAAAACAAAAUCAGAUGAGCAUCAGCAUAUUGCAGUACUCUUGUGUUUUUGUUUUUGCUUCAUUUACAUGCUAAUUCAAUACAAUUAAACAGUGGAUUAUUGUCAUUCAAGUUUAACUGGUAUUAUAGAAAAUGGCAUUCUUUUUAUUAUGUUUUAAGAAAACCAAAACAGCGAUUAGAUUUAUUCAAAAUAUUUAAAAGCAUUAGACUUACUAUAGCCAUGGCAAUACUCAGUUUUUUAAAGAUUUUCUUUCAAAAUUUCUUUUUCUUUAUUGAAACAAAAAUAUGAAGUACUUCAUCAACUAAUUUAUUUUAAAAAAUCAUGAUUUUAAAAUCAUUGUUUUUAGAAAUGUUUAUUACUGGCAGACUAGUCAGGGGAUCAUGAAAUCUGUGAGAUAUUGAAAACCAGGAAAUGAAUACAGAAAAGAUGGGUGGGGGAUUUUGCUCAGAAAACCAGGGGGAUUUUGCACAGAAAACCGGAGGGAUUUUGCACAAAAAAAACGGGAUUUUGCACAGAAAUCCAUAGAGUUUUUCCUCUAAUGUAGGGGCAUUUUCGUUAAUUUCUAAGAAAAUAUCCGACCCCUUGGAUGCCUAGACAACGGUCAGCUGUUAAGCAUUUUACUGCGAUGGUCGUCUUUAUUUUGUAAAAAGUUCAAUAUCAAAAUAAUUAUUAUAUACAUUAUUGAAUUCAAAGAUAAUUUGGUAACAAAUUUUACCGUGCAUUGAACUUUACAACUAAAUCAGCAAUUAAUUUGCUAUGAACUUUAAUUAAUGUCAUAAAUUGUCAUUCAUUCUUCAGUUUUGCAUUUAAAAUGUGUAUUGUUAUUUACAUGAUUCAUUGUUUCUGUUUUGUGUAUUUAGUCAUAUCUUGUUAAUACAUUCCAUGUUUAUAUUUCAUACGUUUUCAUUUAGUAUCUACUUACAAUGGCAGAAUUUUUAAAAAAAAAUAUAUAUAUUUUUUUUUUAUUAAGCUUCGGUUAAAAUGACCUUAUUUUGUGGUGUCUGAUUUCUGCAAAGUUGUUUUGGGGGCCAACAAAGUGUAUUUGCCGUAUUGACUAAUACACUUGAGUUGGUGCCAAUGCAACGUUUUCAUUUUGUGCCAGAAAAGUAUCUUGACAGGUAAAUGUGUCAUUAUUGCACCAUAAAAUAAGGGUGUCAGCGCCAAUUCUUUAUUUUUCAUAUCAACGCUUCAUAUUUGUCAGGCUAAAGUGACAAUAUAACUUUACCAAUAUGCCUUUUUAAUGUAAAUUUGUGAUUCUGGCAUGCUAUAACAAGAUGGUAGAAGGGUGCCAAUAUGCUUUGUUAUUAUGUGUAUUUGUUUUUCUAUAUGUUGGUCAGCCAAUUUGUCUUCAAGCCAGGUCAAGUUGGCAGAAGACAACCCACAUGUACAUUUAUUCUGUGUUAUCUUUUUGAUAAAGCACUAAAAUAUGUCCGCAAUCAGUUGGGUAACAAAAUGAUAAGAUAUGUUCUUAGAUUUUAUUUUCAAAAUAAUUUUUGGUUGAAACAGAUUUUAAUUCAAAAAAAUAUACUUUAGCAUACAAGUCAUAUUCAAGAAAAAAGGUAACUUAUUAAAGCCCUUUUCCACAUUUAAUAAUAUAUAUUUGUUAUGAAUUCAAAAUUUAUUUGCAAUUUCUGAGGCAUGAAAUAAUCUCAGAUACUUUUUUCUGCGACUCUUGUAAUUCUGUAGUCUACAAUGUCGAAAAAAUAAAACUGAAAUUCAGACUGUCAUUCAACUGAUUGAGUGCUCCUUUAAAAACAAAAACAAAUUGUUACAGAAUUUGAAAUAUUUAUCUAAUAUGUUAUUUUAGAAUUAUUUACUGAUUGAAUGACAUAUUAUUAUUUAUUAUUAUAGAUAUCACCGUUUCUAAGCUCACCAAGUAUACAGCCAAAUAUUUUUUUGUCAAAUUUGUUUUUAACAUGUGGGUGGAGGGAAAUUCUGUAACUCGUAAAAUUAGUAGAAUUAACUUUGAUUUUUACAUCACUUUUUUAUUCUUUUUGCUGAAAUAUCGUGUUAUUAUUUUUGCUAUAAGAAUAUCUAUAGCUCUUUAAGAUUUUGGUUUCUCGUUGACGGUUGUGUAUUAUUAAGAAUCAUUUAAGAAAAGUAGCUUUCACUAAUCUGAGUUAAUUUUUCGAAUAAUGUCUUAAAAAUAAUAUGUCAUGGUCUUAUGCUUUUUUGUCUAGCUCACAUUGUUGACCUUGACCUGAUCUCGACAACGUUGUCAUGAUUGCUGUUUGGUGUAUUUGGUGCGUGCGUUUUUCCAAUAUGGCUUGUCACAGCUGAAUCUUGGUCAUGCAUUGACGGAUUCUAUAAUAAUUUGGCAUGAAUGUUCACCAUGAGAAGAUGGCAUGUAUAUUAUGCAGGAUUAAUGUCAGUUGGUUUGGAGGUCAAAGAUUUAAAAGGAAAAGGUCACACUCAAGGCUUCGUCAAUGAUAUAUAAUAAAUACCAGGCAGAGCUCGUAUAUGACAAGCUUAGAAUUAGUAUUAAUGUACUGUUUACUGUAGAUUUUUUAAUUUUGCAAGAUCCUUUAUGACCUUUGUUGCAAGAUACCUUAUUGACCAUUGUUUAAGCCAAGUUUGUGAGGUUUAAAAUAUGCACUGUCAUUUUUUUAACAUGGGCAAUCAGUGUUACCCUGUGAAUUAAUAUUUCGCUUUGUUUAAAUGUCAUGAACUGAUUGGUUUGCAUUAUAAAUAACGAAUAUUACACCCUCGUGAAAUGUAAGUGAUUUACAAGUGAUAUAAGUAUACACGAGAUACACAAUAAGCUUUGUUCUGAGGAUUUUCUAGUCAAGUGAUGAGAAAAUGUUUCAUAAUUUUGUUGAUUUUUUAAUUUUAAAUAAAAUCCUGUUGGCCGUAUCAAUAAAGAUCUUGAUUUUAGUUUUAAAUUGAAAUCAUCUCAUUGUCAUUAGUUUUGUUAUUUAAUACAUAUUGUUUAUGAAGUAAAUGCUAUUUAAGCAGUAUUUAAAAUGAACACAAAGUUGAAAAAAAAAAUCAAUGUAUUGCAAUUUGUGAUCUUUAUACAGAUUUAUUGAGGUUACAACAAAAAUCCUUGAUUGAAACAGGCCAUAAGGCCGGUAUUAAUAAAAGAUCUUAAGUAAGUUCCAAACUUAAGUUGAUUUCUUAAAAUUUACAUACCCGGUAGACAAAUAAAAAUAAACAAUUAGAGUUUUUAUCAGAACAAUAAAAUCACGAAAAAUAAAGUAUUUCAGAAAUUAGUCCUUAUUAUUAUUAUAUCAUACAUACAAUGACAUAUGAUAUUUAAAUUAGGAAAAUGUUAAGUUCGGAAAUGACAUUUAAUAUUUGAUACUUUAUGAAUACUGGCCCUUAGCAAACUGGGGCCGUAUUCAAUAAGCAACUUAGAUUGAACUUAAAUUUAAGAUUAGAAACUAAGUGCUUUGAUUGGUCUGUAUAUUAAGCUGACCAAUGGACUGAAUGGAAUCACUGAGGCAUGUCUAAGGAUAGGGAUAAGAUAAAUAUUGAAUACUGGCCCGGGACUUGUUUCUGUAGUUUUUCAUAAAAAAAUGCAUUUUCUAGUUAAGUUUCAUAUUUUUUAUGUUAUUUGCGAAAGCUAUAUUUUCUGUUUAGUACAGGUUUUCAAUACUAAAAAGUAUAUAAAUUGUUGUUAUAGUUAUAUUUAAACUAUGCAAAAUUUUAAAUAUUUACAUGUUGUUAGUUUUUUUUAAUUGAUGUAGUUGUUUGUAAUAUUAUAUAAUAUAUUAUUCAUAUGAUAUUGUAAAUUACAUGUGGAAACCAUUUGCUUUGGGAACAUAUAUAGACCAUCCUUAAAAUUUGCGUGCCCAACCGACUGGCUGAUAAAAACACCAAUGUAUACCACGUGAUAAAUGCGUCAUAAAUGCUACGUCGGAAGGCAAUAUUUUGCUUCCAAUGAAGACUUUAAUCAAAGACUUUACUUUUACUACACCAUUUUGAAUAAAACAAAAGGCAGUCUAUGCCUCUUAAAGAGCCCCGCCUCGUUUUAUAACCGGGGUUUGAUAAGGUGAUUAGUUUCAUCAAUCAUCAUCACACACUGAUGCUAUACUGCUCUUGUUUAGGAUGUUGCAGUCCUCUUCUCUGAUAACAAAUUCCCCACCGAAUUUUUGCAACGACUCCAAGCUAACUUGAAAUUACUACGUGAUCUACUUACAGCUUAGUUAGAAUUCUGACAUUGUUGACCGUCUAUAUAAAUCCUAGGCUGUAUUUGAUGGAAGGUGGCAGAGGUGUUCCGAUUGCAUCAAAGAAAGAGGCCCCGGGACGGGGUUCUGUGCAAAUAUUAAGAACAGGUCUGCCGAAUAAGUCUUGGUUAUACUAUUGCGUACAAUUUUUAAAGAUGGUUUAACAUAUGAAAACAUUUUGCAUUGGGCACAUAUUUUAGUUUAGUUAUGUAUUUAAGAAGUACAUUUAAAUACUGGGAUGACUUGGAAAUAAAAUAGAAAAAAAAUGUU